GUUUUGAAGUAGAGAGCAAGGAGAUAAUCCCGUUGUUUGAUCCUCCACAUUUAAUCAAAGGAAUUAGGAACAAUUUAUUGACAAAAAAUUUGGCUUUGGAGAAGAAUAUGGAAAAAAUAGCAUCGUGGGAUGUAAUUAAAACAGCGUGGAUUAUGGACAAACAUUUGAAUAUAACCCGACCACAUUUGAGGAAAAUUACGCCUACGCAUAUAAUAGAGGAUAAAAUUAAGAAGAUGCGAGUUAAGUACGCAGCGCAAGUGUUGAGUGGAACAAUGGCUAGCACAAUUGAAAUGUUUACGAGAUCAAAAUUGGUGUUAACAAUAAAUGAUGAAAAUGUCUUCAUAAAUGAGGAAGAAGGACUAGCUACAAUGGAAGCUGUAAAUUUUUUCAACGAUUUAUUUGAUUCGGUAAAUGGAGACAACAGGAAAAACGACGAAAUUAAUGAACUGAGAUGUCCAGUGACAGAAGACAGUAAACACCAUAACUUUUGGGUGAGUGCAAAGAGUGUUUUACAUAAAAUGAAAUUUAUAGAAAAAGUAUCUUGUAAUGUUGUAAAAUCUGUACCUUCUUUGGUUAACUGGUCAUUCACGAUCGAUGGCUUCCAAAUACUUUGAAAAACUCUUCGUGAUGAGUAUGGCUUUCAUAUAUUCAAUCCGCGAUUUUGUAAUCAAGAUCCUUUAGAAAAUUUUUUCGGGCAAGUAAGANGCCAUGCCGUACGUAAUAUUAAUCCAACGCCAAAACAAUUCGAAGAAUCAUUUUUUACAUUGCUUGUAAGUAAUUUUCGAACGAUUUCAGUUACACGCGGUAAUUGUGAAAUUUCGGAAGAUAAUUCUAUAUUUUUUUCUUUAGAACAAUAUNUAGAAAGUAACGUUAAUAUAAAUGUUAAUGAAUAUACCGAUGAACCGUCCGAACUUAUUUUAGAACAAACAAUUUCAGAUGAAAUUAUUAUCGCGUCUUCAUUAGAUAGUAAAGACGAAAUUAUUAAAUUAAUACUUAAAGAAGUAAAUUUUUGUAGUGAUUGUGAAAAUAGUUUUAAAAGUAGUGAAUUUCCAGUUUGCCAAAGAAAAAUAAUGCGUUUUAGUAAUAAAUUGCUGAAAACUAGAGCAUAUAGAAGUAAUAUUUCAAAAAUAUUGUUAAAUUUUUUCGAAAAUUGGAAUAUUNAUAUAAAUUGGCACAAUUGUACAGAACAUUCGCGUA